AUGGCACGAAGAAGAGACCAAGGUGGUGGUGGUGGUGGUGGUGGUUCUCCAAGUUCCGAUGAUUCAGAAUCAAGGUAUUUUCAAGUCUCCUAUGUAAUUGAGAAGGGCUGACAUGUACAAUCACAACAGCAACAACAACAGGAGAAAAUGUCAGAGAUGGUUGCAUGCCGGAGUUACUCGAGACCCAAAGGGAAACAGAGUGCAAAUGUGGUUUGGUUUUACCCACUCUCGCUACCAAGAUGCCACGGACGCAAGGAGUGGAGAACACGGUUGGCAUAUCCAUUAUGCUGUGAGUAGAAAUGGAGAGCUUUCAGGAAAUAAGGGUGUAGGACAAAUCCAGCGGAACCUGAUAACCUUCAACGAUCAUAUCGCCUCACAAUGGAGCAGAUAUCUUACCAGAAACGGACAAUGGAGAUAUAAAAAGGCUACCAAAGGACGCGAAAAACAGUACGCUAAAGCUCUGGAAGAACGAAAAUUACCGCGAUCCUUACCCUAAUGAGAAUCAUGAUCUUCGCGUUGGACCGUCAUUAAACGUAAUCCACCCAGAAGGUGGCGUUCACGAUAACCCGCCGUAUCACGCAUUUGACCCGACUGUCAGAUGCUACCCGAACAGUCGUAUUCCGUUGAGCCCACUACACAUCAAAUUCGAUUCUUUUACAGAGUGGAAUGCGUCUGCUUUUACUGUGAUUCGAGAGUUCCUACGUGGUAGGAUGGCAAUGGCCGCUGGCCAGGCUAACAUACCCGGUUUUGAAGCACUUCAAGUGGACAGAAUCGAAUCGGCUUUCUUUUAUUGUGGAUGGCGUGUAGAUUGGCGAGCAGUAAAGAAGGCCAACAAGCAUGUUAGAGAGAACCGUGUGAGAUUUGCCAAUAAAUCUCGUUCUUGGAGAAGACACCGCCCUAUCAAAAUUGAUCCGGAGCAACCACAUUGCAACGCUGUUGAAGCAUAUAUGAACGAUUUGAGAGAUAAUCACCACGAGCCACACAAUUAUGGCGGAGAUGAUAGCUCGGAUGAUGACGACUCUCAUUCUCCAAAUGGCGGCCCUCGUCCUCCCAAUGUUGGCCAAAAUGGUGGUCAAAAUGGUGGAGCAAACGACUCGGAUUCCAGCGACUCUAGUAGCGAUAAUGAAGCCCCACGUCCAUCAAGAGCCAAACGACCACAAAAAGGCAAAGCCUCCACUGCCAGAGCUGCAACUGCUAAAGCGGCCACUACUAAAACUGCUUCUGGAGCGAAGAAAGCAAAAGGCAGCGGCAAGAAUGGUGAAAAUAGCAAGAAACCCACGGGAACCGCCAAAGCCAAAGAAAAUGCAAAAGGAAAGGGCAAAUCAAAAGUGCAAGGAAAGGGUCGCGCGAAAGAAGCAUACAAGUCAUCUGAAAGAGUUGUGAGUCCAUUUCCUUCUUUCGCUAAGGUCACGUGAUGGAUUGAUUUCAUUCCAUUGUUUGAAAGACUCUGCAACAACUGAAUUCGUUAGUCGAGGUGUUUGAGAUAAUUGAGGUGAAAAGUCUAUGAUUAUCGUACACUAUCUUGAGCAAUACUUACCGUACCCGAAGACUUCAUAACUAACCAAUUAAUACAGGUUGACCUUUCAUCUGAUCCUGAUUCUGACUAUGAUUCUGGCUCGGAUUCUGACACCGACGAAGACCAUCUCUCAAGUUAUGAUGAGAAUGACGAUGAUGACAACCACUUCCUAAUUCUUGAUGAUUCAAGCGAGGAUGAUGCCGAUGACGAGGACGAAAAUUCCACCGAAAUUAUAGAGAAUAAUGUCCGCAAUAAAGUUGGAGGUUAUUUACAACAGGCGCAGCAACCAAGAAUACCAACUGCAGAUGACGAGGCACUAUUUGUUUCUAGUGAUAGCGACCAAAGCGACCUUCUUUUUAUUGAAAUUCGGCCUGUCCAAUCUAAUAAGCUAGGGGGCUCACGGGUGAAUUCUCUGAAAGACAUGCAUUUCGAACAAGUGAGAUCGGCACCUCCAGUCAAGGCAGAGAGAUCCAAUUCACAGCCAGGCUCACCAAACAAUGAGAACAAUCAGGAGCGUCAGUCCCCUACAGCCAGCUCAGCUGUCAUUAAAAAAUCAACAUCCGAAAUAGGAAGCGAUGAGGCCCAGUGUGGGACUUCUGAAAGUUCUGGCUUUCAAGGUGCAAUCACAGAUAUACUGAGCACAUUUGAAUCCUCUGAGUCACAGCAAGAUCCAGAGCCACAGCAAGAUCCAGAGCCCCAGCCAGGACCACAGCCAGGACCACAAGCUCAACAACAACUGGAAUCACAUACAGAAGAUAGAACCUCAAAUCUACGUCAACCUCGAACUACGUCACCAGAAAGAUCUGUAACACAAACCACUGCUUCUCAAAGAAGCGGCAACUCUGAACCCCGAUCAUUCGGUUCCUACCUAACCAGAACUCCAUUUCGUGCGCCUGGCGCGCCUUCUCCUUCGCCUAUUCGGGCAAACGCUCCUUCCAUUCCGGUAGAGCAAACGGUAGGACAAACUUUGUCACAACCAAGUUCACCAAUCCAAAGUCCAGUACGAAAGAGGAUGAACGUGGAGAUGGAUGACGCCGAAGAAACCGCGGAGCCCCAAUCUCCAAGUAAAAAGGCCAGAGGGGAUGUGAAAGAGGAGCCUAUUUAUAUUAAGGAUGAGAUUAAUGGAGAGCUUAUUGAUCUGCUUUCAGAUAGCGAGCAUGAGGAUGAAGACGAUGAGGAUAAAGACGACGAGGAUAAAGACGAUGGGGUUGAAGACGAUGAAGACGACAACGUAUGUUAUUGGUCCCGAAAGAAACAUAAAAUACAUCGGCUAACUUGGAUUUGUAGAUGGUUCUCGAUCUCGAUAUUGAGGGAGAAGGCACUCAGCAAGACCCUUUCCUUCUCGACUAG